GAGAAGCGAAAAUUCAUUCGGACCCGAGAGGGUGGCUCAUCGUUCCCUGCCUGCCCUUUGCCAAGAUGCAAGUAUGGACAUUAUAGCCUAUGAUGAUUUCUCCAGUCCACCGCUCCAGAGACAUUGAAAGGAAGCCCGAGUACCUCCAGCCCGACAAGUGUGUCCCGCCUCCGAGCCGCGCUUCCCUGGGAACGAUGUGGUUUAUCCGAGAUGGCUGUGGCAUUGCGUGUGCUGUCGUGACCUGGAUGCUCGUGUUUUAUGCCGACUUUGUAGUCCUCCUUGUCAUGUUGGUUCCGUCACGGGAUUACGUUUAUAGUGUGAUCAAUGGCACCCUGUUCAACACCUUGGCUUUCCUCGCUUUGGCUUCGCAUUUCCGUGCUAUGCUGACGGAUCCAGGUGCUGUGCCCAAAGGUAACGCCACGAAGGAGUUCAUUGAGAGCUUGCAGCUAAAGCCAGGACAGGUGGUUUACAAGUGCCCCAAAUGCUGUAGCAUUAAACCAGACAGAGCACAUCACUGCAGUGUUUGCAAGAGAUGUAUUCGGAAAAUGGACCAUCACUGCCCGUGGGUCAAUAACUGUGUAGGAGAGAAUAACCAGAAGUACUUUGUACUGUUUACAAUGUAUAUAGCACUGAUUUCCCUGCAUGCUCUAAUCAUGGUGGGAUUUCACUUCUUGUAUUGCUUUGAAGAAGACUGGACAAAAUGCAGCUCCUUCUCACCGCCAACUACAGUGAUUCUUCUUAUCCUCUUGUGUUUUGAGGCUCUCCUAUUCCUCAUCUUCACGUCGGUAAUGUUUGGGACCCAAGUACACUCCAUCUGCACUGAUGAAACGGGAAUAGAACAGUUGAAAAAGGAAGAGAGAAGAUGGGCUAAAAAAACAAAAUGGAUGAACAUGAAAGCAGUAUUUGGCCAUCCGUUCUCUAUAGCAUGGCUUAGCCCAUUCGCAACACCAGACCAAGGAAAAGCAGACCCGUAUCAGUAUGUGGUCUGAGGAUUUCUUGACCAGCAUUUCCACUAAACUAGAAAUAUAUUACAGCACUACUGUUAUAAUUUUUCCAUGAAUGUUUAAAACAAAAAGCAGAACAAACUUUUUUUAUGUCUAUGAGAAAUGGCUGAUAAUUGCAGAAAAAAAAAGCCCUGUAUUCCACAACUUUAGAUAAUUCUAUAUCUCUGGCUGAAACUGCUGCUGCUUCUUUUGCUUUCUUUUCUUUUUUUUUUCUUUCUUUUCUUUCUUUCUUUCUUU